CUUACAAUCCAUUUUCUUUGGAGUUAUUAGUAUUACGCACUCAUAUGCUGACAUAAAUAACCUCAGCCAGCAUACUCUUCUCUUCCGCGGUGCCUUAACCCGACCCGAAAAUGAAAUCCAAAUCAGAAAACCCGGUUCAACAAACCACCACCGUCACCGAUCCAUCCUCCGCCGCAUCAAUCGAUCCCAUCUUCCACCUCCUCCGCAUCCUCCCCUUCUCCUUCCUCCGCCCACCACGCCUCCGUCUCAAACUCCCAUCCUUCUCCCUCCCCUCCUCCAACCUCGUCUUCGCCCUCGUCCUCCUCACCUACUUCAUGGUCGUCUCCGGCAUCGUCUACGACAUCAUCGUCGAACCACCCGGUAUCGGCUCAAUGCAAGAUCCCUACACCGGCGCCGUUAAGCCAGUCGUCUUCAUGUCCGGACGUGUUAACGGUCAGUACAUCAUUGAAGGUCUCUCAUCAGGAUUCAUGUUCGUGCUUGGUGGAAUUGGGAUUAUUAUGCUGGAUCUUGCUCUUGAUCGAAACCGGGAUCGCUCUGUCAAGGCUUCUUAUGCUACUGCUGGUAUUACCAGUGUUGUCAUUGCUUAUGUUAUGAGUAUGCUCUUCGUUCGUAUCAAGAUCCCGGCUUAUCUUAGUUAAAUUUGGUUUUGUUUCAUGAAUUUGUAGUUUGAGUUAAUUUGAGAAUUUAGGUUGCUGAAUUGAAAUGGUUAUAGUAAUUGGAUCUUAUUUUGUUAUAUUUAUAUAAUAAGUACUCUAAUUGGUUUGGUAUACUUGAAAUUCGGGUUAACAUAUUUAGGAUGAAUUGUUGUGGUUA